CGUCCAGUUUGCGCAUCCGCGUGGGGGAGCUGGUGGAGGAUCCCGGGACGCGGAGACCCGGGGUCCCGGCAGCGGGGCGGCCCGCGGGCCACGGUGGGGAUGCACCGCCGCGGAGUAGGAGCCGGCGCCAUCGCCAAGAAGAAGCUUGCGGAGGCCAAGUAUAAGGAGCGAGGGACUGUCUUGGCUGAGGACCAGCUGGCCCAGAUGUCAAAGCAGUUGGACAUGUUCAAGACCAACCUGGAAGAAUUUGCCAGCAAGCACAAGCAGGAGAUACGGAAGAAUCCUGAGUUCCGGGUGCAGUUCCAGGACAUGUGUGCCACCAUUGGGGUGGAUCCUCUGGCCUCUGGAAAAGGAUUUUGGUCUGAGAUGCUAGGUGUGGGAGACUUCUAUUACGAGCUGGGUGUCCAGAUUAUCGAAGUGUGCCUGGCCCUGAAACACCGGAAUGGAGGUCUGAUAACUCUGGAGGAACUACAUCAACAGGUGUUAAAAGGAAGGGGCAAAUUCGCCCAGGAUGUCAGCCAAGAUGACCUGAUCAGGGCCAUCAAGAAACUAAAGGCACUGGGCACUGGCUUCGGCAUCAUCCCUGUGGGCGGCACUUACCUCAUUCAGUCUGUUCCAGCUGAGCUUAAUAUGGAUCACACUGUGGUGCUGCAGCUGGCAGAGAAAAGUGGCUAUGUGACUGUCAGUGACAUCAAAGCCAGUCUUAAAUGGGAGACGGAGCGAGCGCGGCAAGUGCUGGAACACCUGCUGAAGGAAGGGCUGGCUUGGCUGGACCUGCAGGCCCCAGGGGAGGCCCACUACUGGCUGCCAGCUCUCUUCACUGACCUCUACUCCCAGGAGAUUACAGCUGAGGAGGCCAGAGAAGCCCUCCCCUGACUGGGAAUGCGGAAGGGGGCACAGCAGCAGGCAGGGAGAAGAGGGAGGAGCUGGUGGUGAAUAAAACCUCGACAACUUUGUUUUAAGAAAGAACCAAAAAACCAAAAAAAUUCCAAUUUUUUUCUUCCCCCAGUAUUCUUCAGCCAUUACUUUUUUUUUUUUAAAGUGCCUUCACAUUGCAUCUUUAUUGGAGAAAACCUUUUUUAUCCGCUAAGGAUAACCUGAGUAACAUAGAUAACAGUGAACAUGUAUAAAAUGACUUGCACAGGUCCUCUAGAAGUUCAUGGUAGAGCUGGGCCUAGAAUGAAGGCCUUCUGUCUCCUGGCUAGACAGUCUAGUUUCUGUGGCCCUGAGACAUAAAUUAUAGCCUCUGUUAAUUCAAACCCCUUCCUCAUAAAAUGUUCCUUAUCUCAAAUGAGCAGACCCUAACGGACCAGUAAAUAGUCACCCUUUCAGUCUCUUCCAGCUUCCUUUGUAGAGGUUCCAGGUUAUGGCAGCAGACUCAGCUACGAGUAUGAAGGAAAUAGAGGUCAAUGUUAAAUGGUGGUUACAGAAAAGAAAAUUUAAUUUGAGGGGAGUUAACCAAUAGUGGAUGCAGUAUUUCUCAAAUUCCUUACUACCUUUUCCUCCUAUAGUGGUCAUCAGGUCAUCCCUCUAACCUUAGGGGUGGGAAAGGGAAUCAUUUAUUGAACACCUACCAGACACCCAGUUUUAUAUACACCUUGUAUAGUCCUCACAACCUUAAAAGUUAAAUAGGUGUCCUUAACUUUGGCAGGUGAGGAAUCUAAUUGACCAGAGGCCACCACCUUAAGCAGAGCCAAAGCUAGAGCCUAGGCCCACAGCCCCCCGGGCCCACGCUUUCCUGUAUGCAGCUUUGCGUGGCACAGGCUGGCAGGACGUUUUGUGUAUAAUUUCUUCCGACACACAUGGUCAGCCAAGAGGAAAAGCCUCUGUACCAGAAAGCAAGAGCCUUCUAUAGCAAGUAGAGAAGGUGAUGAGCUGGGAGGCCAGCAUUAAGCCCCGUCUUCAUGGUCUGAAUUCUGAAUUCCUAAGGGGUAGUUUGGUAUCAGAAAACUGAAAACCCAAUGGUUUGGACUAUCCAUACUAAGACACCUUUCCCUUAGCAAGGGGAUAUAUAGCCUGAGCCCAUCUCUACCUCUGCCUGUCCUUAAGGACAAGCUCACUUCCUGGACAGGUAUUUCUUUCGAAGCAGCCGAGGCUAAGAUGGCAUUCCUCUCCUGACUGCCAAAGUUACAGCCUCAAAAAAAGGACCCUGUUUCUUAAUGAUGGGAACUUUUGCCACCAGUAGUCCUGCUUCCACCCACACCACAUAACCCAAGUUUUUGGCUUCCACUGAGCACUAUCUUUAUCCCUGACAGUUUCAGGCCUAGGUGAGAGGUGUGGCUGUCAAAACAAUCCCGUUCUUACUUUUACACAAACCCUCCCACACCCAUAGGCGCUUCCUCCUUCUGCCAAAACAAACUUUAUUGCACCAAAAAGAAAAAAAAAAAAAAAAACAAAAAACUUCAUUUAUGUACAGUCAGAUAUAAAGACAUCUCUUUGA